UGGGCAUAACCUUUAAUGAAUUUUUUUUUUUUUUUUGUUUUCGUCACAACUUUUGUUUAAGAAUUUUAAUUGCUUUUAAUUUUGCUUUAGUUGGACUUGCAUUUGUCAAUGUACUUUUAGAAAUAAUGGUAUCAUCAUUAAUAAUUUUGUUACUACUUUUGAUAAUAUUAAAGCAGCAACAUUAUUAUUAUCACUUAUAUCCGAUUGGAAAUUGAUGUGAUAGUGACUGCCUGUUUCUGAAACUUUUUUAAUGAGUCUCUUUUUAUUUAUUUGUGGCGAUAUAGAAUUAAACUUUCGUUUGACUUUUGGUUUGGAAACAAUAAAAUUAGAUGGCACAGCAAAAGGUUUUAAUUAAGGUUCCUUUAGAAGAGCGCUCCUAUAUAAAAGACCAAAGGGAAAAAGUUGGUACUAAAGGAAAGUUUCAAAUAGUAUUGAUAACUCUGUUUUAUCACCUACCUCAAGAAAAACAAAGUAAAUAAAAGCUUCUGAUGAAGAAAUUAUUAUUAAAGAGUUUGACACAAUCAUGGAUUCAGAUCAGAGAUAUUGAUGGUGAAAUAAAACUUUGUAAACCUACCAGCACUGUAGACAACUUGACAUUCACAAUUGAAUCAGACGAGUUGCAAGGUCAAUAUCUAAAGCACAUAGAUGUACCUAAAGAAAAAGGUAAAGGAAAAGAUCUUGCUGAAUUUUCAUGUGAUGUUCUCAAGGAAUUUAAAAGUGAUAAAAGUAUCCAGGCAAUAAUUUUGGACAAUACAAGUGUUAAUACAGGAAAAGAUAAUGGUUUAGUUGCUUGUCUUGAAAGAAUAUUGAAAAGAAGAAUUCAUUUAAUUGGCUGCAUUCUACAUGUUAACAAGUUACCAUUGCGUCAUUUAAUUUCUAAAUUUAAUGGUUCUUCUAAUAGCUCAAAUAAUUAUUUGGGACCAGUUGGAAAAUCUUUGACAAAUCCAAUUCAUUUAAAUUUAACUGUUGACUUCAUACAAGUUGAGUCAGACGUUGAAUAUCCUCUUCUGUGUAACAUUAAAGACCUCUCUGCUGACCAGAGAAUGCUACUGGAGUAUUGGAAUUUCCUGAGGGUUUUCAGACAAUAAGUAUCUGAGAAAAAAAAUAGGCCCUAUUUGUCAUGCAAGGUGGCUGACAACAGCAGUACGGAUCUUGGUAUUUUACUCAAGAACAAUCAAUCCCAGUAGGGAGCUCAAAAUCUUUGUUGAAUAUAUUCAAACAGUAUACACUCCUAUGUGGUUUAAUAUCAUAAAGUCUAAGAGUUUCACAGAGGGUUCUAAACUAAUUUUCCAAUUUAUUCAGCGGAUUUUGAGGUUGGAUACUGAAGUUCAAAAUAUUACAUUGCCCAUAAUUUAUAGAAACUCUUUUUGUCUCCAACCUGAGAAUUUUAUUGCUGCCUUACUUUAUACUGAAGAACACGUUUAUAGAUCAAUUGCUGUUGCUAAGAUUUUGGAAACAAGAAAAACCCUAAUUUAGGAUCCUAAAAAUAGAUUAAAAGAUGGUAUUAGGGUUAAUGCCAUUCCAGUUAUUGAUUGUAAAUGUAAAAACUGGUCAAAAUUAAUAAACUUGUAUGAUAUAGACUGUUUUGAGCCCCCUUGUGUGGAAGAUAUAUCAAAUAAAGAGCUUUUAAAUAUGAUUCCGAAUCAGAAAGAGGCUACCAACUUUCCGUGCCACUCGCAAACGGUUGAAAGAGCAGUGAAAAUGACUUCUGAUGCUCGCGUAAAAUUUAUUAACCUCAAGAAAAUGCUCUUAUUCUAGCUAAAUGCCAAAGUCAAAAGAAACAAAAAUAUUUUAGAACAAAUAAAGAAUAUACGUUGUAAUUUGUUAUCAUUUCUUUAAAUUAAUCUAUUUGGUAAUA